AUUGACUCUCUCUCUUCUCUCCCCAUACCUUCAUCCCUACCCAACUCUAGCACUCCUCUCAGAAAUCUCUUCGACCGAUUUCUGAAUACACUGAAUUGAUUGUAUCGUCUUUCAAAAUGGCUGUCCGUAUCCAAUUUGAAAAUUCCACCGAUAUCGGUGUCUUUUCCAAACUCACCAAUGCAUACUGCCUCACAGCCCUUGCAUCAUCAUCCAACUUCUACUCUGCAUUCGAAGCUGAAUUAGCUGAUGUCAUUCCUAUCGUCCACACCACCAUAGCCGGUACACGUAUAGUCGGUCGUCUAUGCGCUGGAAACAGACACGGUCUUCUCGUUCCCGCAUCAACCACAGAUCAAGAGCUACAACAUCUACGUAAUGCUCUCCCUCCUGCUGUCGCUAUACAAAGAGUGGAAGAGAGACUUUCAGCUUUGGGAAACGUUAUAGCAUGUAACGAUUAUGUAGCUUUGGUUCAUCCGGAUAUUGAUAGAGAGACAGAAGAGAUUAUAGCGGAUGUUUUAAAAGUUGAAGUUUUUAGACAAACCGUUGCUAGUAAUGUUCUCGUAGGGAGUUAUUGUGCUUUAUCAAAUCAAGGCGGUCUAGUACAUCCCAAAACAUCAAGAUCCGAAUUAGACGAAUUAUCUUCUCUGUUGCAAGUACCUCUAGUAGCUGGGACCGUCAAUAGAGGAUCGGAAGUUAUAGGAGCAGGUUUGGUAGUAAAUGAUUGGUGUGCAUUCGCAGGUUUAGAUACUACAGCAACGGAGAUUAGUGUUAUCGAAGCUACUUUCCAAUUACAAGGACAAAACAGUAAUGCUGUCAUCGCCGAUUUGCGCGAUGUUCUCAUAGACAAUUAUGCUUGAAUAAGUUGCAUUGGGAAAACCCCACGUUUCAUGAACCAAUCUUGUAGUAUUCUUUGCUACAUGCUGCAUGCUACAAGUACUCG